AUGUGUGCGAACGUAUGUGGGACACACAUUCACUUUACUGAGCAUUUACACUUACUAUUGGCUAGUGCCAAUUGGUUUUGCCCAAUCCCAGGCAGCUUUACUCAGAUGCCGAAUUAUUCGUCUUCUAGCAUGCUGGUCAAGGUUGUGUCACUGUGACUUUGACAGAAACUCUGCAAAGAUGGGGUUGCUGUCAACACUGACACGUGGGCUGAUAAGAGGAGCAGAUCGAAUGUCUGCUUUCACCAGCAAGCGUGGCCCAAGGUCCAACUACAAAGGGAGAGGGGCUAGACCAGCAGGCCGUUUGACCUGCAGCGGGAAGUUUGUUUCUGUGAAGGAGAUGAUUCCAGAGUUUGUAGUGCCUUCCCUGGAGGGGUUUAAACUCAGGCCUUAUGUGUCCUAUCGUGCCCCGGAAGGAACAGAGCCUGUUCUCACACCCAAGACACUCUUCAGUCAGACUGUUGCCCCACAAAUUAAAAAGGAUAUUGAAGAGGGUACAUUUGAUAUGGACAACCUGGAGAAAUACGGUCUUGACCCCAAACAGGAAGGAAAACUGUUCAAACUGUAUCCCAAAAACUUUGUGCGUUAACAGUGACAAGUAUGAACUAGACCAGAAGCAACUUCCACACAUAAAAUCAACAGUGCUUAGCAAUUCAUAUGGGUGUUGGACAUCUGUGGUAUGGUGAGAUUGCUGUGGAUAUUAUAAUGUAACAUGCAUUCAACUGAUAAACGCUUGUGCUGAUUUAUGUGUAACAUUUUGUGAAAAUACCAUAAAUGUGUCUCUUGGGUUCAGUGUACCAAUUAAAUAAAAUAUUCAUAUAACAGUU